AUGGCCUCCACACUCGUGCACGACCUGCAGCAGUUCCGCUACGUGACAGCCUUCACCAGCCCAUUGCCAUGGCCGCAUGUGCGCCACGUCAGCAUCCCUGAUCUGCGCCACGAGGCACCGGACCUCCCCUUCAUGGCGAGCCUGAUCUCUGCUCUCUCCGACUGCGACGUCUCUCUGCACGAAUUCCACGAGCACAACGGCGCCGACAUUCUUCAGCUUAUCCAGGUGCUUCAGGCAUGUCUUCAGUUCUCACUGUGGUCACAAAACAUUCUGAAGAAGAAACUGCUCGAAGUGCAGGCGACGCACAUCGCGAAGGGGGUGUCGGCGCAGCAGCUCGAGAGCUUGGAGAAGCGCUAUCACACGCUAGAGGAGGAGAUGGCAGCCCUGUACAAGGAUCGGGACAUGCUCUUAUUGGGUACGACAAACCUUCGCACCUCCGUUGUGCAACUGGAGAAAACAAUCAAGCGACAGGAGCGGCAGCUGCAGCAGGAGCGGGGACGCAACGCACAGCUGAUGGCCAAACUGGAGAAGGCGUUGUGCGCGCGGGCACUGGCGGCGCCACUGACGUCACCCCCACGCUUGCCUCCACCUCGAGAGUCACGGCAACGUCCAGCUGGCAAUCGGCACGCAUCUGCGUCAACGCACCGCACACAGAAAGCUGCCACCGCGUACCACUCUUCUUGGCUUCCCACACACAACGCAGAUCCGCGCAGAGACAGCACCGCCUCUUUAACAAGCGAUACCUCGUACGGCGACAGUUGUCUGUCUGCUGAGGUCGCCGCCAGAGCACACUCUUACGUGCCCCAACCCUGCGGCAGCCUUGAUCCUCCGCCGCCCCCUUUCCUGGACUGGCGCACCUUGGUGCGCUACAUCAUCCACGAGGAGCAGAGGGCAUCAGCGCGGACCUCUACCCAUGCUUCUCCCACCGCCGCAAGGGCGACGGCCGAUGAGAGGCGCAUCACACGCAAGGAGGAGCUGAUGCCGGAGGCACAGCACCCGAGUGAGCCGGCAGCGGCCUUGCCUGCCGCAGCCACGCCGCGAGUCACGGAAGCGCAACUCGACUCCUUUUUUUCGGGACUCACCGGUUGUGUCACGACAGAAGCCGUCGCGUACUCCCGCGCAGUGGCGGCACGCGCCGAGGAGAUGGUGCGUACCGCCACACAACAACAGAUGCAGGAAACAGCAGAGGCGCAGCAGGCGCUGAUGAUGCAGGUGCAGGCCGCGCUUGGCAGUCUCACUGCUGAGCUGGCGGCGUACAAGCAGCAGAAGGAUGCGACACCGUCGCCUGCUCUCGGAACGGUCGCAAUGCCGGUCGCCACAAGUGACGCCUCCGACCCCCACACGCAGCUUGCCCCGUUUUCUCCGGUGUUGGCGUCUUCGACUGUGAGAAACUCCGCUGCCGCAGCCUUGCCGGCGCCCUCCCCACACGCCGGCAACGCGCUCGUAACCUUGGCCAACGCCCCGCCAACGAACGACUCGAAGCCGCUCUCACGACCUCCUCAGGCCUCCGCGUCGCCUCUUCCGCCGUCCAUCGACAGCUCGCCGCCGGCCUCGUUCUUGAACUCUUUCGUGACGUCCGGCGCGGCCCUGUGCCACUCCACAACCGGCCGUGGGGUGCUCGACAGCGGCUCGAAGACGCGAACACCUUUGCCGGACUUUUCACCCGAUAUUCUUCGCACGCCGCCAACCAGCGAGCACGGCGCCUCUGCAGCGCCGUCAAACGCCGGCAGCGACGCGCCACGCAGCGGUGUCUCCCGAGCAGAUGACGAAGAUGAGCGAGACGUCGACGUGGACCUCCUACCGCUAGACAGCUCCUCGUCAGACUCGUCAUUGGGCUCCUCCCAACCUUCCGACGACAAGGCGGAUGGCGCUGCUGAAGUCAGCCAUGCGUACCCUCGGCUGCUCGCGAACCCGUCCUCGGCGCCUCCCGUGUACCCUAACAGGACCCCGACAGCAGCGGCCGUCGCAGUGCAGCCCGUAGCGUUACCGCACCCGUCCGCGAACCGCACGCUCAGCCUGCACUUCUCGACACGUUCCGACCUGAGUGAAGGCAGCUCCCACGGCUCGUCGCAGAUGCUGCGAGAGACACGCGCACAACUUCAGGCGCUCUUGGAGGAGGAAGAGGCCGCGGGACGGGGAAAGACGCAUAAAUGA